UGAAAUCGCGUGCCUUAUUGACAAUGUCUGGAAGAGGAAAGACCGCCGCGAAAAUCAGGGCUAAGACCAGGACCCGCUCAUCCAGAGCCGGGCUCCAGUUCCCCGUUGGCCGUGUCCACCGCCUGCUCCGGAAGGGUCACUACUCCAAGCGUGUGGGGGCCGGAGCGCCCGUCUACCUGGCCGCAGUGCUGGAGUACCUCACCGCUGAGGUCCUCGAGCUGGCCGGCAAUGCCGCCCGGGACAACAAGAAGACCCGCAUCAUCCCCCGCCAUCUGCAGCUGGCCGUCCGCAACGACGAGGAGCUCAACAAGCUGCUGGCAAGGGUCACCAUCGCUCAGGGGGGCGUUCUACCUAACAUACAGGCCGUGCUGCUCCCCAAAAAGCGCUCGACCCCAGCCCCCACCAAGGGCUCCGGAUCGACCCCAGCCCCUACCAAGGGCUCCGGAAAGAAAGCCACACAGCAAUCCCAGGAGUAUUGAUCCCCUAACCCAGCCCCUAACCGAUAACACAAAGGUCCUUUUCAGGGCCACCCACACUGAC